UCAACAGCAAUAUUUUAUUGAAACAUAUUUUAAAUCUAAAAAUGCAGUUUAACCAGCCACAGCUGAUUCUCAUUGUAGAUGAACAUCUACACAGGUGUUACUCCUUCAAUUUCAUUACAAAAGGAGACAACUGCUGAAUAGGUUUGUUUUGUGAUGUAAACAUGGACCCAGCCAGAAAUGGAGAAGUAGCUGAAAGAGGAAGAAGAGUGGCUGGGAGGGGGCGAGGAAUACGUAUGCGUGGUGGAAGAAGAAUAAGAGGAAGAUCAAGAGCUGUAGUCGCAGAUGAGAUCAGAGCUACUGUAAUUGAUCAUGUAGUAAAUCAUGGUCACUCGAUGAGAGAGGCUGGUCAGAGAGUGCAGCCAAAUCUGCAACGCUCUACAGUGGCAUCUAUUGUUAGAGUUUUCCGGCAAACCAACAGGACUCAACGGUUACCUCACACAGGAGGGAGAGGACGGAUGUUCACUGAUGUGCAGGAAACUGCCAUUGUUGAUAUGGUCAUCAGAAACAAUGGGAUAAAACUCACUGAAAUUAGACACAGAGUCUUGGCAGACAACGUUACUUUCGGAAAUAUUCACAGUGUAAGCAUAACAACAAUUUCUAGAGUCCUGAAAAAACAUCAGGUCAAGAUGAAACAGUUGCACACUGUGCCUUUUAGAGGAACUCUGAACAUGUCAAGCAACUCAGGAACCAGUAUGUCCAGAGAGUCAUGGAGAUUGAAGGCAGGCAAACACACCACAUUUUCAUCUUUGUGGAUGAGGCAGGUUUCAAUCUGGCCAAAGCACGGCGACGAGGGAGGAAUGUGAUUGGGAAGAGAGCCACAGUGAAUGUCCCGGGCCAGAGGGGUGCCAACAUCACAAUGUGCGCAGCAAUAUCCACUGAUGGACUGCUGUUACACAGACCACUAAUUGGGCCAUACAACACUGAACGGCUCCUUGCGUUCCUGCAUGAUCUCUAUGGAAGGGUUGUGCUAGGUGAGGAAAGGGAUGCGGAGAGAAGGAAUCAGCCAACAUUUAUAAUUGUAUGGGACAAUGUGGCAUUUCAUCACUCCCGUGCAGUCACUGAGUGGUUUGCAGCCCAUCCCAGAAUGGAGUCUCUUUUCCUCCCACCUUACUCUCCAUUCCUCAACCCCAUAGAGGAAUUCUUUUCCUCAUGGCGGUGGAAGGUUUACGACCAUCAUGAUCAAAUGUCCCUCCUGGAUGCAAUGAAUGCUGGAUGCCUGGAGAUAUCAGCAGGAGAUUGCCAGGGAUGGAUCAGGCAUGCCAGAAGAUUCUUUCCUAGGUGUAUUGCCCUAGAUGACAUAAGAUGUGAUGUGGAUGAGAACCUGUGGCCAAAUGGAGAAGACCGAGUAGAUUAGCAUUACUAUUGUAUGUGUAUCAGUGGAUGGUGUGUAUACAAAUUCUUGUAUUUUGGGAUUACUUAGUGCAAAAAAAUAAGAAUACAUAAACAAAUAUUAACGAA